AUGCCGACUCAACCUACGACAUUUGUUUGUCGGUUUUGCUAUGCGUCAAAUCAUGCGCUCUAUCCGGUUCGCCUGUAUUGUAUUAGUUUAAACGAAGGUCUCAUUAUGUGUGCCAACCAAAAUUGUAAAGGAGUUGUCGAUGGUCAUGUUGAUUUGUUAAAAUUAAUCCUUCCGUUAACGUCAUCAUCAUCUCAAUUAACUUACGAACAAUACCAACAAACGCCAUAUUACAGUUCGGAGUGUGAUUUUCUUGUGACUGACCUUCCAGCUGAAAUAUGA